AUGGAUCUGUUUUGCUAUUAUCGUUAUAUGGAUAAUUUAAUUAAAUCAAGCAAUGAUUGGAAGGAUAAAAAUCUUCAAAAAGCAAUAAUCAAAAUUUGGGAUGAAAGGCGUAUUUGUAUAGAUCUAAUAUAUGAUUGGAUAUUUAUAAAUGAUGGACAACAAAAAGCUGAUGAACAACAUGUGAAAGUUAUUUAUAUUUGCGAACUUUGGCAGUUAAAAACCAAAAAAUUAGUUGAGAAUAAAAUGACAAUUAAAGGAAAGGAAGCAGAAAAUGAAUUAAAAAAUUUAGAAAAUUUAAGAAAAGAAUGGAAGAAAUUAGAACCUCCAAUAAUUGAAAUAAUUAGAGGAAAUUUAAUUAGUAUAAAAAAUAAUAAAUUAUUAAACGAUCGAGAGGUUAAUAAAUAUAAUAUUUGGAUAAAAAAUGAAUUUGAUAAAAGUUUUAAAUUGAUUUUAGAAAAUAAAAACACAAAUUCUGGUAAAUUAAAUAUUUUUUAA